CCAUGAUGCCCUGGCAGCUGUCAUGAAGGAGCAAGUGACCCCUGGGUGGCACCGAGCAGUGUCCAAGGGCUCACGCUCCCCCAGCACCAGCCCCUGCAGCCCCGAAUAUAUUUAGAAAAGUGCCCAGACCAAAAAUAGAGGUAAAAUAUUUCUGCAGUGGCUGUUUCCUCUGCCAGUCACUGUGAGAGCCACCAAUGCGGCACACAGCUGCCUCAUGGCCGUAACCCCGCACCUAUCAAGAGACAGGCAGAGCUAGGCCGACCCAUCCGCAUCUCACCGAGGAGCCAGGGACCAGCCGGGAAGGGGCCUUGCAGCACCCACAGCACCUUGCCGAGGGGAGCCGACAGCGCAGGAGCAGAGGGCUCUGCUCCACGUGCUGGCCAACGGUGAGGGGUCCCCUUGCCGCAUUGCCCCCACGGUGCUCCCAGCUCGGCUGGGCUGCUUUCUGCCGGAGGUCUUUGCUCCUGCUGCCCUCUCCACGACAGGUUAGCAGGUCCCAUGGGAUGUAGGCUGAGGACAGCCCAGGGGCGGCCUUGGGUCAGGUCCCUGCACAUCUGCCUGGCCAGCGAACGGGGUGGUGGCUCGGUGGGUUGCGGGGUGGUCACGGCUGGAGGGCGGCUGUCUUGCAGGGCACAGCGGCACGUGCCAUGGGGGACUGGAGCCUGCUGGGGCGGCUGCUGGAGAAUGCCCAGGAGCACUCCACGGUGGUGGGGAAGGUCUGGCUCACUGUCCUCUUCGUCUUCCGCAUCCUGGUGCUUGGGGCAGCCGCUGAGCGUGUCUGGGGUGAUGAGCUCUCUGGCUUCUCCUGCGACACACAGCAGCCCGGAUGCCAGAACGCCUGUUAUGACAGCACCUUCCCCAUCUCCCACCUCCACUUCUGGGUCCUGCAGAUCAUCUUCGUCUCCACCCCCAGCCUCGUGUACCUGGGCCACAUACUGCACCUGGUGCACCUUGAGCAGAAGGCGCAGCAGCAAGCGGUGGCACGGGCCAUCAGCAGGGCCCGGCGGCAGCGCUCAAGGCAACUCCGGCUCCCUGCCAGGGACACGUGGGGACGGGUCUGCAUGCGGGGAGCCAUCCUGAGGACAUACGUCUGCAAUGUUGUCUUCAAGGCUCUCUUGGAGGUCGGCUUCAUUGUGGGCCAGUACGCCUUGUACGGGUUCCAGCUGAAGCCCCUCUACACCUGCAGCCGCUGGCCCUGCCCCAACACCGUCAACUGCUACGUCUCCCGGCCCACCGAGAAGACCAUCUUCAUCCUCUUCAUGCUGGCAGUGGCCUGCGUGUCCUUGCUGCUCAACAUGGUGGAGAUCUACCAUCUGGGUUUCACCAAGUGCUGCAAGGGGCCAGGCCCCAAGUCCUGCAUCCUGCCCAGUCCUGGUGGUCCUGCAGGACCCUGCAGCUCCCAUGUCACCCUGCCCGGCAGCAGCAGCCCCACAGCACCCAGCAGAACCCCCCCCAGCCUAGCACCCCUGAAGAAGGCGGGUGCAUGGCUAGGGGUGGCCAGUGGGUCCCCCAGGAAGGUGCGAGGGGCAGACUUGGCAGUGUGAACAGGGCCUGGUAGGAUGCUCUGGGAUGGGCAGUGCAUGGGUGGUGGCUCUGUCUCUGGGCCUUGCCAGGCUUGUGGCAUGAACCCCACAGCCAGCAUGAGAGGGGCUGCGUGAACAUGGCUCAGCCACAGCCUGUGCUCCUGGGAGCAGGGCUGGGCUGGGGCCUGUCAACCCAGGGGGAGCAAAUAAAACACCUACUGCAUGUCA